AAGAAGAAGAAGAAGAAGAAGAAGAAGAAGAAGAAGAAGAAGAAGAGGAAAAAGAAGAAAAUUAUAUCAGUGCGUGGUCUAUAAAUUUGUGAAGAAAUUUAACGAUAGCGAUAUAAAGAAAAGCAAAGAGAUAAAGUAAAAAUAAAGAGCAUUCGAAAGUUCGCGCUAUAUUUUAUCAUGUAAGUAUCGAUCGGUCAAGAGGUUAGCACGGUCGGUACGAUGGAUGAUAUUAUAACUUGUUUGAAAGGUGGCGCGCGUAUAGCUCGACAAUGUGACGUCAGAGGAGUCGAAGUCGAAGUGGAACCGAAUGAAGCCGAGUCGAGUCGAGUACAGUCGAGUCGAGCCGUGAGGGAACGACGAUAAACGACGAAGGCCGCGUCGAAGCGUCGGGAGCGUUCCUAGCGGUAGUUCUCGGAAAUACGUUCACUCGAUAGGAGGAGGACGAUCAUCGUCGUCCGACGGUGCACGGACGAGCUACGAUAGCAAUAUGGCGAAGUGUGUCAUGGGCUCGGUGAGACGUAGUGCCGUUUGAAAGAUGAAAGGUUCGCGGUAUGGGUUGAAGAUAAUCUAGCGUUAUGAGGUUCCUGUGAAAAAUUCUAAAUUGUGCGCGGGUUAGCUGAAACGAGCCGUUCCUCGUGAUCAGUUUAUACGGUGUGCGCGUUGUUACCGGUGUGAAAACACUACCACACAUACACACAUAUACAUACAUACAUAUAUACAUACAUACAGACAGAAUCAUAUACACGUACACAUACCAACCAGUAGACAGCAGCGCGCGACACUGCACGCACUACACAUACAUAUAUACAACAUAUAUAUAUAUAUAUAUAUACAUACAUAUAACAUAUACACGAAAUGGCCACGGAUAAGAUAAAGGUCGCCGUUCGGGUCCGGCCGUUUAAUCGAAGAGAGCUAGAACUCGGUACACAAUGCGUCGUCGAAAUGUCCGCACAGCAAACCAUCUUGCAGCAUCCGACGACGAUGGACAAGAUCGAUCGGAACAAGCCGAAGACAUUUGCGUUCGAUCACUGCUUCUAUUCUUUGGAACCCGGAUCGGAGAAGUUUGCAAGUCAGGAAAUAGUUUUCGAUGCUCUUGGACGCGAUAUUUUGGACAAUGCGUUUCAAGGCUACAAUGCUUGCAUUUUCGCUUACGGACAAACUGGGUCUGGGAAAUCUUACACCAUGAUGGGGAGCGGUGAUCAAAAGGGAAUAAUACCACGGCUAUGUGACAAUCUAUUCGACAUGAUAGCAAAGCAACAGAGUUCUCAGCUGACCUUUAAGGUCGAGGUAUCUUACAUGGAGAUUUACAAUGAGAAGGUGCACGAUCUCCUCGAUCCGAAGCCGAAUAAGCACUCGCUCAAAGUCAGGGAGCACAAUGUACUUGGCCCCUACGUAGACGGAUUGAGUCAGCUCGCUGUAACAUCCUUUCAGGAUAUCGAUAAUUUAAUGGCGGAAGGCAACAAAUCGAGAACAGUGGCUGCAACGAAUAUGAACUCGGAAAGUUCCCGUUCGCAUGCAGUAUUUUCAGUGAUUCUCACGCAAACUCUGACGGAUUCGAAAAGUGGUGUCAGUGGUGAGAAAGUAUCACGAAUGAGUUUGGUAGAUUUGGCGGGAAGCGAAAGGGCUGUGAAAACUGGAGCGGUAGGCGAUAGGCUUAAAGAGGGAAGCAAUAUUAACAAAUCUCUCACGACAUUGGGUCUAGUCAUUUCGAAGCUUGCGGAUCAGAAUUCUGGGGGCAAUAAAAAUAGAGACAAAUUUGUGCCUUACAGAGAUUCUGUUCUAACGUGGCUUUUGAAGGAUAAUCUCGGUGGUAAUAGUAAAACCGUUAUGGUUGCCACCAUAUCGCCUGCGGCAGACAAUUACGAGGAAACGUUGUCGACUCUACGAUAUGCAGAUAGAGCGAAGAGAAUAGUCAAUCAUGCUGUAGUCAACGAAGAUCCAAAUGCAAGGAUCAUACGAGAGCUGAGACAAGAGGUUGAGGCGUUAAAGGAAAUGUUGCUUCAUGCUACGGGACAGGGUUCAAUCGUCGGACAGCAACGCACAGAUAUAACCGAGAAAUUAUCAGAAUCGGAAAGACUUAUGAAGGAGAUGUCACAAACAUGGGAAGAGAAGCUCGUUAAAACCGAAAGACUACAACACGAGAGACAACAGGCAUUGGAAAAAAUGGGUAUCAGUGUCCAAGCAUCUGGAAUACAAGUUGAAAAGAACAAAUAUUAUUUGGUGAAUUUAAAUGACGAUCCUAGCUUGAACGAGCUAUUGGUUUAUUAUCUCAAAGAAAGGACUCUAGUUGGUGGACGUUCGGCAAAAACGGAACAGGACAUUCAAUUACACGGAUUGGGUAUAUUACCGGAACAUUGUGUGAUCACGAUCGAGGAAACCGGUCUUUAUAUGACACCUUUGAACGGUGCCAGAUGUUUCGUUAAUGGCAAUCAGGUGGUCGACAAAACCCCAUUGUUACAUGGCGAUAGAAUCGUUUGGGGAAAUCAUCAUUUCUUCAGGGUUAAUUGUCCGAGAAGUGCAACAGCUAUUAACAGCGAACCACAAACACCUGCACAAAACAUUGAUUAUACUUUUGCGAGGGAAGAACUAAUGCAAAACGAAUUGUCCAAUGAUCCGAUUCAAAGAGCCAUUGCCAGAUUAGAGAAACAACACGAGGAGGACAAACAAGUUGCACUCGAGAAACAAAGGUUGGAGUACGAACGACAAUUUCAACAAUUACGUAAUAUAUUAUCACCAUCAACGCCAUAUUCACCAUACGUACCGUACGAUCCCUUGAGAGGCAGCCAAACUGGAAAACUUCCUGCCUGUACGCCUACGACGCAAAUGCGCGUUGAAAAAUGGGCCCAAGAAAGGGACGAAAUGUUCAAGAGAAGUUUGGGCCAGUUGAAGACCGACAUACUCAAGGCCAAUGCUUUAGUUCAGGAAGCUAAUUUUCUUGCCGAGGAAAUGGGAAAGCAAACGAAAUUUAGCGUUACUUUGCAGAUCCCUCCGAAUAAUUUGAGCCCUAAUAGAAAGAGUGUAUUCUUCCAGCGUGGUGCAUUCGUCAGUGAACCGGCUAUAUUGGUAAAAAGGACAAACAUGGGUAGUCAGGUAUGGUCGAUGGAAAAAUUGGAGAACAAAUUGGUCGACAUGCGAGAGAUGUAUGAGGAACGAAAGGAUCCAAAUAAUUGUCAACGAUUACCGAUUGUCAAGGACGAAGUAUUAGGAAAGACCCAAGAUCCAUUUUAUGAGUCGCAAGAGAAGCACAAUUUGAUCGGCGUAGCGAAUAUAUUUUUAGAGGUACUGUUUCACGACGUUCGGUUAGAUUAUCACACGCCUAUUAUCAGUCAACAAGGUGAGGUCGCUGGACGACUUCAAGUUGAGAUAAGCCGUAUCGCCGGACAAUUUCCUCAGGAUCGUAUUUGCGAGGCAGCAUCCGAAUCAUCAGGCGAUUCAACGUCCUCUGAGCCAGAUGAUUAUUCUGGAUCAAGUCAUAUUACUUGUCGUGUUACGAUAAAACAGGCAACGGGUUUACCUCUGUCAUUGAGCCAUUUCGUAUUCUGUCAAUACAUGUUUUGGGGAAAUCCAGAACUUAUAGUUGUACCGCCAGUAGUAAAUGCUGAAUUGCCACCCUCGAAUUGUGCAACCGGACAAAGAGAUUCUCUUGCGUUUAGGUUUGAUCACACUGAAGAUUUCAAAGUACCGAUAACGGAAGAAUUUAUAGAACAUUGUGCCGAAGGCGCUUUGAGUAUAGAAGUUUGGGGUCACAGAAGCGCCGGCUUUUCUCGUAGCAAACCCGGAUGGGAAGUUGAACAACAACAAUUGGCCAAAGCUCGUUCAUUAGCCGAUCGUUGGUCGGAAUUAACGAGAAAGAUAGAAUUGUGGGUAGAGAUACAAGAACUCAAUGAACAAGGAGAAUAUUCGCCCGUAGAAGUUGUUACGAAACAGGACACAUGGACAGGUGGAAUUUAUCAAUUGAGACAAGGCCAACAACGUCGUAUACAAGUUAGAGUUAAACCAGUACAAAAUUCCGGAACUUUACCGAUUAUUUGUCAAUCUAUAUUGAAUAUAGCGGUUGGUAGUGUUUCCGUGAGGAAUCGUCUUCAAAUACCUUUGGAUAGUUAUCAGGACGAGGAUUUGAGUAUAUUGAGAGAAAAAUGGAGCGACGCUUUGAUGAGGCGAAGACAAUAUCUGGAUCAACAGAUACAAAAGCUUAUAAAUAAACAAGAAAAAACCGAACAAGACGUUGAACGAGAACAGAGUCUCGUCGAUCAGUGGGUUAGUUUAACCGAGGAAAGAAACGCAGUUUUAGUACCUGCUGCAGGAUCAGGUAUACCCGGUGCUCCAGCAGAUUGGAAUCCACCACCAGGAAUGGAACCUCAUAUACCUGUUCUAUUCCUUGAUCUCAAUGCCGAUGAUCUUUCAACUCAUCAAUCAGGAGAAGAAGUAUCGGUGACAGGAUUAAACUCAAUUUUACCGAAAGAACAUGGUAACAAAUUUUAUAAUCUACCAUUUAUUCGUCAUUUGGAAAAGGACGUAUGUGCUAUAGCAGCAUGGGAUUCUAGUAUACACGAUAGUGUACAUCUUAACAGAGUCACCGAUGCCAACGAAAGAGUCUUUUUAAUUUUAAAAACGACCGUCCGCUUAUCACAUCCAGCCCCUAUGGAUCUCGUAUUACGUAAAAGAUUGGCGCUAAAUAUAUAUAAGAGACAAAGUAUAACCGAUCGAAUAUUUCGAAAGAUCGUACGUACUGAUUGCUUGGCACAGACCGGUGUAACUUACGAGGUUGUAUCUAACAUACCAAAAGCUAGCGAGGAAUUGGAAGAUCGUGAAAGUUUAGCACAGAUUGCAGCUAGCGGGGAGGACAACAGUCUAUGCGAUGGUGAAACUUACAUCGAAAAAUAUACCAGAGGUGUCUCAGCCGUCGAAAGUAUCUUAACAUUGGAUCGAUUAAGGCAAAGUGUUGCUGUUAAGGAACUUUUACAAGCUCAAGGUCAACCACUUAUGCGCAAGACAGCAAGCGUUCCAAACUUCUCGCAGGUACUACUGCCACUUCGCCGUCUCGGACGCACUAUAAUGAGGUUUGAUACUUCGAUGGAUUCGUUGAAUGUCACACGUUCAGAAAGCGUAACGGAUCUCAACACAGAAUUAAAUGGUAUGCCACAUUCACGACGAUCAUCAUCAACCGGUCAUGCGAGGAACGAUGAAAACUUCGUAUCUCCACCACCGAAGACUUUUGGAAUCGGCUCCAUUCUGAACUCAGCGAGACCAACUUUCCUGAAUCUGAACCUGAAUCUCAACUCACUGACACGUCUGCAACAAUCCACCUCUGCCAAGUCAUCCCCAAAUAUGGUCGGUAGUAAAUUGGGUCUACGUAUGACUACGUUACACGAGGAAACAUCUAAUGUUGGAAAUCAAUUAGCAACCCCUUGUCAUGACGACGAAGAAGAAAAAAGUGAUGCCGAUUAUUCUGAAUACGAUGCGUAUCAGGCACCAGCAAAGCCAACAAAGCCGCUAACUUCGUCACGCACAUUGGAUUCACUUGCUGAGUUACAAUCUACGAAGAUCAACACCCCAAGCAUGAGUAGCAGCGGUUAUGGAUCUCAAGCUGUUUCGACGACUAAUUUAACGUCCGAAGAUUCGAUCUCUAUAAAGUCGAUCAGCGUCGACGAAACGCCCGAUUUAGAAUAUAGAAAUUUAUUGGACAAUAAAAAACCAGAGAAGAUGGACAGUUCUCUCGUCGAGGAAACACCGGAGGAAUACACGUGCGAUGUGAACAAAGUGAUGGAAAAUUUAAAUGUCACGGAAGAUCCUCGCGAGGCAAACAUUAGAAAGAAUCUUGAGGAGAUGGGUGCUUAUACGGAUCCUGACACGGAAAGUCCUGUUUCUUCUACGAAAGACGACAGCGAUGCAACUGGCAAUCCAACGGCAUUGAAUGUCCUUCCGAAGAAAGACAUACAAAAUCCUAUUUUAAUUGGUCGAAGAAAAAGUGAAAUGGUGAUUAGUCAGACAUCGAAUUCGGGAGACGAGAGUCCUUUGGAGGGAUCCUCUGUUGUCCAUACGAAACUUCCACCAGGCAAGGUUGUACGAAGAAGGAAAGCUUCUAGUGGUACAGGAAGGCCUACUAGUUCUCAACACAGAGCUUCGUUCCCAAUGGUCCGUCCACAAGUAUCUGAAAGUAAAGCUGCAGCACGAUUGGAACAAACGAUGCAGCCUAAUAUGCCAUAUGAAAAUGGUGACAAUAGUUCAUCCGAAAGAAUCGAUGAUGACACGAGCGAUAAGAGCUCAGCCUUUGGCUCGAGACACGAUCUUACAAGAAUCGAAACCCCUUUACCAGAUUGGGUUGUCGUCGGUGAAUCUGUACUAGUUCGUCCAUACAGUUAUUCGGGUGUUAUAGCAUACGUUGGCCCAACAGAAUUUGCAUCUGGUAUAUGGAUAGGGAUUGAACUUGAUGCACCAACUGGUAAAAACGACGGUGCUGUAAAUGGCCAUAGGUACUUCAAUUGUCGGCCCAAAUGUGGAAUUUUUGUUAAAGUGGAUAAGUUAAUUCAGGAUAGACGAGGAAGGGCACUUAGAAGUUAUAGUAAACAAGAACCUGCACCACCUCCAUCCGCACCCAUACGUAGAAGCGUAAGCAGAGGCGAAGGCUUACAUUACUUGCAUCGAAGUCGGAGCCGAGGAGAAGGUCUUUCAACGACGGGCACCCGUUUCUCUCCCCGAAGCAAGUAAAAACGAAUUAACAACACCGCUUCAUCGUAACUUCGUCUUAUAUAAACAUAAGCCACAUAAAUAAUAAUCCUAAAAAGAAAAAAAAGAAAAAAAGAAAAAAAAAAAAAAUAAAUAAUUGCUACAUGCCUAUGAUAUGUGUAGCAGCAUCAGCAGCAGUGUUUCAGUCCCUUAGACAUUAGGGCAGCUAAUUAUUAAUUGAUUUAUCGAGCGCGCGCGUGCGCACGAUAAUAAUAUAAAUAUUAAUUGAAAUAUUAGGUCGUAUAAUUAUUAAUGUGUAUCACACAAAAGCAUGGGAUGUUUUUUGAUUCAGGCAGAAACGUGCGCUGGAUAAGCAUAGAGUAAAUCUAAUUCGCAUUUCUGUAGAAUAUAGAGUGGAUUGAUUGGUACAUAUACGUCUCAUAAUGUACCGAAAAAACAAAACAAAACAAAAAAAAAAAAAUGGAAAAAGAAAAAGUCAGCGAAGACAUUUUUAAUAAGUUGUAUAAGCAUUCCACAAUUUUAUGUACUAUGACCGGGAUGAUAAGCCAUUUUAUUUCUUAUAUAUAUAUAUAUAUAUAUGUAUAUAUAUAUAUAUAUAUAUAUAUAUAUAUACAUACGUACAUACACAAAUACAUACACAAAUACACAUGUAAGUGGGAGCAUUAUUUGCUUUGGUAUUUAAUUGUACAUUUUUUGUUUUCUCUUUUUUUUUCUUUUUUUUUUUUUAUUUCUUUUUUUUUUCUUUUUUUUUUCUUUUUUUUAAUUAAUUCAAAAGAAUCUAUAUAUAUAUAUAUAUAUAUAUAUAUACAUAUG